ACUCUCGUCAAGCUGUUUAAGGACCCCAGGAUGUCCAUGCUUGCUGAGCCCCGGAGGAAACAGAAGUGGUCUGUUGACCCCAGGAACAGCGCCUGGAGUAACGAUGACUCCAAAUUCGGCCAGAAGAUGCUGGAGCGGAUGGGCUGGUCCAAGGGCAAGGGCCUGGGCAGAAGUGAGCAAGGCUCCACUGAACAUAUCAAAGUAAAAGUGAAAAACAACAACUACGGUCUUGGAACCACUGCCAGCUAUGAGGAUAACUGGAUCGCCCACCAAGAUGAUUUCGAUGAGCUUCUUGCUCAACUGAACAACUGCCAUGGUCAAAACAGCAGCACCGAGUCUCCACCACCAGAGGAGCCAAAAGGAUUCAGCUUAGAAGAGAAGUCCAAGACCUCCAAAAAGAGGGUCCAUUACAUGAAGUUCACUAAAGGAAAGGACCUGUCCUCUCGAAGUGAAACAGACCUUAACUGUAUCUUUGGAAAGAGGGGAAGAUCUGCCAUUGACCAAGAGCAAGAGCAGGAGAGCAACAGCAGUGAUUCUCAGGGGGAGAAAGAGGAGCGUUUUACUCCGGCUGCCUUUGAACUGGACACAGAGUCCAUCACCAAAACUGUGAAAAGUACUCUGACUAUGCAGGAGUACUUUGCUCAGCGAAUGGCUCAGUUGAAGAAGAGUCGCGGAGAGUCCCAGAGUACAGCACCAUCAGAGGAGACCAGCGAGACACCCGGUCCAUGUGAGGAGACCAUCGUCAUCAACAAGGGUGACUCAGAAGAGCCCAAAAAGAAAAAGAAGAAGAAGAAGAGCAAAAAGUCAGACGAAGAGCUGGAAGUGGUAGAGGAAAAAAGCACGCCUGCUCAUAUCGUAAUAGAGGACGAUGAGGACCAACAACAGGAGCCUCCAAAGAAAAAGAAGAAAAAGAGGAAAAUGGUAGAAAGCGAAGGAGCUGUAAACGAGGACUGUAGCUCCAACUCUGGUGUGGAGCUGAACUGUGAGGAGCAGCCUCCGUCCAAGAAGAAGAAGAAGCUUAAAAAACACGACAAGGGAACUGAGCUACUGAACGGACACGAGCCAACUGAGGAUCAAACUGUAGAAUCUGAGGUUGUUCACAAAAAGAAGAAAAAGCACCGAGAGGAGGUGGACGAGGUAGUGAGAGAAGAGGAGGUGGUGUUGGAGAAGAAAUCCAAAAAGGACAAGAAAAAGAAAAAGAAACAUCAAGAAUAGCGUGAAAUUUACAGAACUGGCAUCCAGUUCAUCCAGUCCUUUAGGCUUCUGGGGGACGUCGUACUCAUGUUGUCCUGUUAUAAACAUGAUCGCGGGGGAACGUGUGUACCUUCAUGUCAAGUGUCUUAUAUAGAUUCAAUCUUACAAACUGUUCAUGAACACUUUGCUACAGUGAGGAGGAAAAAGAGGUUAGGCAUUUGAUCACAUUAAAAACCGUGAAGCUCUCCAGUAAAAUAACUCACUUGUACUGUGGUGCACAUUGUUGCAGCAGAUGGAAAAAUGCCUCGUCUUGCAGAUAGUUAGACAUUUUGGGAAAUACUUUUCGCUUUCUUCUUGAGAGUUAGAUUUACAGCAAACAUGAAUUUAAGUGGAAAUAGACAACUUUUUGCUGUAACUUAUUAUGAAAUAAAUGCUUACCACACAGUGUAAUAGCUACAGACUAAAGUAACUAUCAGCGUUUAGAUUAUUUCCCGAUAAACAUCGCUUUCACUGUGCACUUCUGUCUGCCACCGGGUGCAAAUCUACAUAACGACAUUACGGUGUCUGGCACAGUUAUGUCCGUGCACAGUCUUCAUACAAAAUCUUCUUGCUGGCCGGUGCCAGAUGUCCUCUGUGCACUGUGCAUGUUUCACAACAGCAACGUGAAUGUUGCACUUCGGUCUUGUCUUGGUCAGAAGCAGGAUGCAACAGUUCGUUGUGCCUCAUUGCGAUGUUCACCCAAGUCUUAGCUCGUCUGUCGUGUUGGAAAGCGAUCGUAUGUUGGUGAAGAGGAUGGUUGGGAGUUGGCAGUUUAUUUUAGCUCAUAAAAAUGCUCACUUUUUCCAGCAUAUGCUUCUGCUUUUUGUGUCAUGGGCUGGAUAUGUGUACUCGAUACCUUUAAGGUAUCAACCGAAAAAACUUAUUAGCAAGUGGUAUCAAAAUAUCCCCAAUUGUGUGAUACCUGCAUUUGAUCCUUUUUGUGUUGGAGAUCUGAUCCUGGACCACCUCAGCUUUUCGCCGGAUCUUACUCUAGAGCCCAAACGUUCAGUGUCUGGCAUGUUAGCGAGUUCACACAGCAGCAACUUCUAAUAUAAUAACACCGAAACGCUGGUAUCUACUUGCAGAAAAAAAGGCGAGGUGACUGCAUGUUGGAGUCGGCUUAAUAUGCUUCCACUUUACAGUCCACAAUGAGCAGUAGAUUUAAAGGACACUAAAGGUCGAAAAGAGAAGCCACUGCGUCCAUGUGCGCUGCCGUGCUGUAUCUGCCACAGUGGUGCCAACAAUAAUACCGCAUGGGAACACUGAAAUAGUUGAAACACUUUUUUUUUACGUAUUAAUUAAACAAGACCCAACAUGUUACAUAGUGAGCUCAAGAAGCAAACAUGGUCGAUGUUAUUACUUUUAAACAGAGCCAGGCUAGCAGUUUUUAGUCUACAUGCUAAACUAGAGCAGUUUUGAUCCACUCAUCUAGCUCUAGGCAAAGAGAAAAUGAGGAUAUUUCCCAAAAUGUUGAACUACUUCUUUAAUCUAUUAGAUAUAUCUGUUUCUCUAUAUGUGCCUGUCUCCACAGUGUUUGAAAUAUAUGAAUAAUGAAUUGACAUACUUUUUAAAAGUUUUCCCACCAAAAUUCCAAAAUCAUUAGAUUAGUGCUGCCAUGUGUCCCAUAUGUUUACUUCAAAUAAAGGGCCCAAAUUCUGAAAGUAUGAAAUGCUGCAAUUUGGGGAAAAAAAGUUGAUUAUUUUAUGUUUUCUAAACAAUAUAUGAAAUAGCUUCUUCUUUUUUUCUUCUUGAAAAAAACAUUUGUGUUUCACCAUCUUAUAUGAAUCAGCAUUACUAUUUAUUUAAGCAAAAUUUCACAGUGGUUUGUAUUUUCUUGCCAGCAGUUAGUUUUUAACCAUCUACAAAUCCUUCAGAAAGUAAAUAUAUCUUCAAGUCAUUUAAGUGACCCAGAGACAGUUUUUGUCAAUUUUGUAAAACCAGUUUUGAUGUUAUAUGACAAAUACGAUCAGAUGUAGUUUGAUUUGUCUGACACAUUUAUUAACUGUAAGAAAACCGCAAACUUUGGUGCUGUAACAUAUUCAAAUCAGCUUUUAAAUAAAUCCAAAUAGCAA